AGGGCGAAGAGAUGAGCGCGGGAUGGAGGUAAACAGAUGAUGGGAGGGGGAGGAAGAGGAGGAGGAGGAGGAGCAGAAAGCCGCCACUCGGUCUGUAUAGCCAGCAGGAGGGACGCAGCAGCGGCGGCGGCGGCAGCAGCAGCACAAAACGUACGAUGGGCUGCAAUCUACCGAACACAACCGGAUGUUAAGCUCAUGUUGUCCAGACAUGCUGCCGGCCUCAUCACCAUUAACCUGCUCUUCGCCGGGGGACAUUUAAAUUAUCAAACAUGAUGAAGACAGAAGCUGCCUCGGCCGCGCCAGACAACGGGGCCUCCGCCGGGAACAGCGCGGGAAGCGGGAGCUCCAACAUGCGCAGCGCCUCGCCGCAUCGAAACGCAUACGAGGCGGGGCUGGCGGCGCUGAAGAAAGCCACCGAUCACCUCAACGGAGGCUACGACCCCGCCUCCAAGCCGGCACCCCUACCUCGGCCAAACGGGAGGGGUCGGCGCUAUGGAUCAAACGUUCACCGCAUCAAGAAUAUGUUCAUGCAGAUGCAGUCACCGGGGGAUGAGGAAGAUGGUGCCAAAGUGAUUGGAAAUGAGCAAGAAGUCAAACUGUCCCUGCCGAGGGCAUCGAGCCUCAACGAGAACGUCGACCACAGUGCCCUGCUCAAACUAGGGGGUACAGUUUCAGAGAGGGUCAACCGUUUUGACACCAAAACGGACGGGGAGGGUGCGAGCUCCUCAGGCUUGUCCAAACUUCAGGAAACCAGGAGGAUGUUUGAACAACGGACACUACAGGAGAAACAAGCUGCUACCAACAGGAUUUUGCUGAAGAAGGAGCGAGCUUCUGGUUUCCAAGACAGCCGCCUGGACGUUGUGGCACGCUUUAAUGGCUCUACCGAGGCUUUGGACCGCUUAGAUGAGCCCCCUCUUCCCGCUCCUGCUCCCGUUCCUGCCGCUGCAGCUGCUUUUGGGCCCGCUGAGGCCGUCAGCCCCACCGUGAGUCAACUCAGUGCUGUGUUUGAGAAGGCAGAUCUCCAAAACAACCUCUACCUCCCCAACCGUCGGUCAAGACCCGCCCCAGCACCAAAGCCAAAACUACCAGCCAAAUCAGGGCCUGGUCGGAGCCAGAUGAAAGGGGCCCCUCCAAGUCAGGAGGAUGAAGAGGUAACAGCAGGAAGUGUCAACGACCAGGCGGCAGAGGUUGAAGUGACGGAUCCGCCCCCGCAGUGCGAAAUCGAUGGCGCGGCGCUCAGCGAGGAGGAAAGAUUCAGACAUUCAGGAGAUCAGCACUCUGAUGACAUCUCCCCACCUCAUGCGGAGGCCAAACCGGAGUCGGAAUGCCAGCUCACGUUGACAGAAGACAGGGGCUCGAGUACCGUCGUGGCUGCAUCGGGCGCGGAGCCUCUUAGCGCGGAACAGGAUUGUUGUAGGGGGGAUGUUGAGGCUGGGGCCAGGUUGGUUCAAGCGGAUGUCCACGCUUCACUCGAAAAUGGGGAAAAAGAGCCACCGGCUUUUGAAGUUACAGAAGCUGACUCUGAGACAAGGGGUGACGAAGAGGACAAUGACGAGGACGGCUCGAGGAAGGAGGAUUACUCCGAAGGGGAUCUGGUGGAUGUGAGCGCAUACAGCGGCCUCGGCGAGGACGACUCCGGGGGGAGCCAGCUGGACGACGAUGACGAUGAGGAAGAGGAGGAAGCAUACCAUCCAGAAAGCAGCUGCACUGAAAUCGAGGGUCUUCCUGAGGAGGAGGAGCCUAUAGAAGCCAAUAGGAAGAUUCGAUUCAGCACUGAGCCCAUCAAGGUAUUCACGACCUACUGUAACGAAGACUAUGAUCGCCGUAAUGAUGACGUGGACCCAAUGGCAGCCUCGGCCGAGUAUGAGCUGGAGAAGAGAGUUGAGAAGCUGGAUCUGUUUCCAGUUGAGCUGGAGAAAGGUGAACACACAGACAGACACAAACAUACACGUCAACAAUGCCGCUGGUAUCCUGUGCUCUCCAUCUCCUUGCAGCUUCAAAUCAAACAUGCGGUCACCCAGGCCGAGAUCCAGCUGCUGAAGAGGAAGCUGGCUCACGCAGAGCAAGAGAAGUUGCGUUGGCGAAUGGAGCGCGCGCAGCUGGAACAAAGCAUCCGGGACAGUAAAGGGAGGAUGGAGAAACUGGAGGGUUAUUGGAUGGAGGCCCAAUCUCUGUGUAAGGCAGUGGAUGAACACCUGAAGGAAACCCAGGCUCAAUACCAAACCUUAGAGAGGAAGUACAGCAAAGCCAAGAGGAUGAUCAAAGAAUAUCAGCAGAAGGAACUUGAGUACCUGAAAAAGGAGGCGGCUCAGCGUCAAGCGGAGGAAGACAGCGAGGCCUCGCACAAAGAAGAGGCGGACAACUUGCAGGAAAAAAUUAGCGACCUGGAGAUCCAAGUGGAUGCUCUGAAGCCCCCCAACCCCUCCUAGAGCGCCGGCCGCUCCGCUUCCCGUCCGUGACGGGAGGACGCGGCGCUCUGCCUUCGCACUGACGGAUCGUCGUUCGGGCGAUCGCGCGCAGCGGCGGCGGGAAGCAGACGGACGCUGACAAAGUGGAACGCAGAAGAAGAGGAGGAGGACAACAGAGAAAAAGAAACCUCCGCUUUGGAAGUCAUGGCCUAUCACCAAUCCCAGAAUGCACUUUGUGUGACACUCACAAUCUUCCUUGUGUGUCUUCCUGGCAACUGUCUCGGCAAUCGACAAGGAAACCAGACUCAGCCUCCCCGCGCUCCAUUUCCAGAUGAUUUAUUUUGUUGCCCCCGUCGUGAAAAGCGUCCGACGCGCAGGAUGAGAGCGAAGCGGGCUCGUCACUAAGUGCUUUUCCAGAGCGACGGGGGACGUCUGGCCGAAGACUCUUGCCGCGCUCCUUCUCAGCUCCACGGGUGGUUGCGAUGCCACCCGUACCGGAAAUACGAGUAGAGCGAAUAUGCCCGCAGAACAAAAGUGAUGAGGGUCGAACCCGGAUUCUGCCCUGUCGGUUAACAUUGAAGGAAACGUCAAAGAAGCCUACAAGCGUACUAAACUGAAUUGUCAGUCUAUUUCUCCGUCAGCGAAGGAAUCGGGUAAACACUUGCAUUUUCAGUAGGACAUCCCGGUUUGUAAAUAUUCUUAACGUCUACUUAAAAGUCUUAAAUUAAGCAAAGACUUGUGGUGGAUGCUGAAAUUUAAAAAAUAAAUAAGUUCACACAUCCCUGGCGAAGUUUCUGUGGCAUCAAGGAUCACAUCAGAAAUGUCACAGAUGUAGAAGAAUAAUGCGCUUCCUGAAGUAGCACAGUUAUGGCAAAAACAUGCAUAUUAGGUUCACUGAACACUCCAAAAUUGUCCUAAUUGGCUUUUCCCAAUCUGGAAAAAUCAAUGAUUUUUUUUUUUAGAACCUCACCAAAACCUACCACUGAUCAGGGAGGUGGCGACUUUGUUUGUAUCCACCAGAUUUGUUAUGAGCAGGCACGUGCA